AUGUCAGCUACUACUCAAACCACCGCAACAGGAACUACGUCCCUUGUAGCUCCAGCUAACAGCACCAACUCUACCUCAUCCCUUUGGGACACCGCAAACGCAAAGCUCGAUCCCAAAAUACAGAAAAUCCUCGCCACCGUCAACACAGGCAACGGUCGCGUAGUCGAUGCCGUGUUGAAUGAGGCCGUUACCCAACAGAGGGCACUCGCUGCGAAGAGAUGGAAGAUCACCAUCCGCGGGAAAGAGGUCAUAUUGCGUGACGUGCUCGCAAAGAUCAUCCGGUGGAUAGACCAUUUCAAAGCCGUGGGCGAUAUCGCCGUGCAGUUCAACUCAGGUGCGGCUAGUCUACCCUGGGCAGCUGUUCGAUUCCUGCUGCAAGUUGCCAUCGACGACAAGCAGUAUCUGGAAGCCACGAUUGAGGGGAUUGAGAUUGUCACACAGACCAUUGCUACAUACGCUGCUGUAGAAACCCUAUAUAUGGACUCGGACUUCGAACUCCAUACCCAGAUUCGCAGCAAAGUCCUCGGACUAUAUGUCCACAUUCUAAGCUUCCUUGGGGAGAGCAUACGCUAUUCUACCAAUGAUGUUACCACCAGCAUGUGCGACUCACACAUCCAACGACUUAUACGGACGGACGUUAUGCGAAUCGAUGAGAACAUCAUGACUUCGCUAAAAGCGCAAUCGUUCAGCGACUUCAUUGCAUGGCUGUCAUUGACUCCAUACAGAGAGCACCAUACUCGCCAUUCAAAACACCGGUUACGCGGUACCACUCAAUGGCUUAUGAGCGAUUCCCGUUAUGUCGACUGGAAAACCAGUGCAUCUUCAUCGCUUCUGUGGCUUCGCGGUAUUCUGGGCUCUGGAAAAACCAAUCUGAUGUCUACAGUAAUUGAUGAUUCACUGCAGGGUACUAGUGUGCAAUCAUUCGUUUUGUACUACUAUUGCGGCGACACCCUAGGACACGGCGGCAGAUGCGAUGCGAAGGACGUAAUGCGAAGUCUGUUAAGGCAACUCACUGUCAAGAACGAGGAAACGUUUGAGAUCGUUGAGCAAGUUCACUUGGAGUUCAAGCGGAGAGAGGCAAGGGGGAAGGUUGGCAUGGGCACUAUGGACAAACUCGAACCACACGAAUGCACACACUGGAUAGCCGAACUUCUCCAAACCGAUGAGGUAACCAUCAUAAUUGAUGCCAUCGACGAGAUCGACGUCGCGGACAGACAUCUUCUGCUCAAUGAGCUGUUAGUGCUUCGCGAUGAUCGAGCCCGUGUGGUGAAGAUGCUGCUGUCCAGUAGAGAUGACACCAACGUUUCCCAGUGGCUGGAAGGGGCAAAGGAAAUGCGCUUACAAGCUUCGCUUACCCAAGCUGACAUGCAACAUUUCGUUGUACAUUGCGUCUCGACUGCGAUCAACAACAAGCAUCUUCUUGAUGGUAAAGAAGACCUUCCCCUUCAAUCGAAACUGGAGUCUUAUCUUCUCGACCGAGCGGAUGGGAUGUUCCGAUGGGUGGAGCUCCAAUUGAGGUAUUUCUGCGACCUGAAGUGGAAAGACAGUAUCGAGCAAGCGAUAUUAAAUCCCUCUGGAGCUUCCACUCUUACUGUCGACCAUCUGUAUGCGAAGAUAUUCGAUCAAAUCUCCAAACCCGAUUCUCUGGCGUACGAGGUAGCAGCACAAACUUUUCGGCUAAUGAUGUGCCUGCACGAACCCUUGUCACCCGCAACACUACUUGCCGCAGCGUCCAUCGCACGAGACGGAUCGCAGAACUCUCUGGAGCUUUCCGAUUUACUCCGAAUCUGCUCUCAUCUCGUGGUUCUCGAUGAUGAGCUCGACACGAUCCGAUUCGCCCAUACUUCGGUUCAAGAAUAUUUGUCGCGUCUCCCGGAAUUCAGUAUGAUGGACGCUAAUAGCGCAGCCGCUUCAAGCUGUCUUAUUAGAUGUAUCGACAGCCCACUCCCCGAUCUGACACUCGGUGUUCAACCGUCUCACGAUUUCGACGUAUAUGCAGCAAUGUACUGGCCGCUCCACUACAACGCCGCGAGCGAACAUGACCGUAAUGGGCGUCUAGGAGACGUCUUGAAAGAAUUCAUGUUCUCUGAUCAGGAGUACAUUUCGCCUUUUCCAUCCUGGAUCGAGACAGUUGACGAGAUAGUAAAGGCCCUAUCCAGGCCACACACAUGUCUCUCGGAUCUCAUUGCUAUCGGGAGCGAAAGCGCCACUCCGUUCUUCACUGCAUGUCUGUACGGGUUAGAAUUUGCCAUCGAAAUCCUGUCCGGAAGAUCAUGUUUCGAUGUCAAUCAGAAGAAUUCGCAUGGACUUACUGGUCUUUACUUGGCCUCCGCUACGGGUCAAAUCCGUGUGGUGAAUGGCCUACUGAAGCUGGGUGCCGAUAUUGCAAUUGAAGGGGGACGUAACACGACCCCACUUCAAGCUGCAUGUGCCAAUGGCCACGGAGACAUUGCGCAGCUCAUCAUUGAGUUUCCAUCUCAAAACACCACAGCUGAAACGAUAGUUUCGGCUAUACAAGCAGCUUUACGUAACGGCCAUGAGGACGUUGCGGUGGUACUUCUCGAGAAGCGUGUUUUGCCGAUUUCGCAAGACACCCUUGACCAAGUUUUCGAAGCUGCCACGGGAAUGGGCUUCACAAAACUCAUGGACUGCCUGCACUCGACAUCGAAGUCACCCAGCGGGAGCAAAAAAUCUUCAAUCGGAAAUGGGAUCAGGGUUUUCCAGGAUAGUAAAAUUGAUUGGUUUCGAAACUACUUCAAAACCAAAGCGCUGCCAAACGACGCCAUCGCAACGGCUGCGUUCUACGGCCAGAACAAGAUUAUCGAAUUUUGCCUCGACAAGGGUCUCGACAUCGAGCACGAAGGACCCUUCGGAACACCACUUCGUGCAGCAAGCUUGAUGGGCCGUGGCACGACUGUGCGCUUGCUUCUCGACAUAAAUGCUGCAGUGAAUGCAAGUGGAUCGUUCGGCGAUGCGCUUCAAGCAGCCGCGAUGAGAGGUCACUUAUCUAUCACCACAAUGCUGAUAAAAAGUGGUACAGCUGUGGACAACUCCGGUGGUUACUACGGCAAUGCGCUGCAGGCAGCCACAUAUCGCGGUCACAUCGACGUUGUAAAAGCCCUCCUUGCAGCAGGCGCUUCUAUCGGUCAAAAAGGUCUGUUCAAUGAUGCUCUGAGCGCAGCGGUGUCGGCAGGCAAUCAUCCCAUUGCGAAUAUGCUUCUACGAAGCGGCUACCGAAGCCCACAUUUCCUGGAUGAGGACGAGGUGGGUAGGUACACGAUAAGCCAUAGUCGGUCUGGUCCUUCAUUACACGUUGAUCUCCUAUCAAAGCUUGAACCCGCAUAUCAAUUUGAGCGUAAUCGACAGGUAGAUCGAGCGAAGGUGAUCAAAGGACAAGAUGUCAGCUUUGAAGAGGCAUACAAGAGCAUCCAUGACGGUGUCGAAGUCAAAAGCGUCACAGAACUCGAGGACCUUGAGCAACACAAAGGUUAUGAGUCUGAGGCCUUGCUCUUUGCUACGUCGACUGGUCAAGAGUCUAUCGUCUGCAGUAUGUUGGACCACCGCUCCGCCAUUGGGCUUUCGUCACUUGACAUCGGCAUCGUACUAAAGGCGGCUUCUGCGGCUGGUCGAGUCGGCAUCGUUGACCACAUUCUCUUGUUACCAGAACUGCCAAGAAAACAAAUCCCACGAGCAUUGGAACGUGCAGCUUGGUAUGGGCAUGUUGCCGUUGCGAAGCGGCUUCUCGAGUGUGAGGAAGCAUAUGGUCCUCCGCCAGAUUCACAUUAUGCUCCGUGGACCCCAUUCGAACAGGAGCUCAUACCCUUACCUACGAGAAGGAGGCUCUGUAAUAGGAAGUAUCGUAAACAAGACUUCGCAAUGGGCUACAGGCAAUUUGAACACGUGUCCAGUGACAAGGAGAGCCGAUGGUCAAACUACUUUCCGGUUCUGGACCAAUUGGUCAAGACGAAUGAAACGACUGAGAACGGCCAUAUUAUGAGAAUGCUUCUACUAGGAUGUCGAGCUAAUACACCAGCGACAGUGGAGCUUGCACUGCAAUUGGCUGCAAAAUCAGAGUUGCAGAAUGUACUGGCGGCCGCUAUGACGAUCACGAUUGGGUCUGACAGCGAACGAGCCCUGGGGGUACUCUUUCGAUAUUACCCUGCCGUUGAUCAACUCGUGCUCAGAAAAGCUUGUGCUCAAGCGGAAGAAGAUGGAUCUUUUCGCGUGCUCUACUUCCUCUUCAAACACAACAGCGAUCACGGCUACCAGUUGCAAGACUACUGGAAAGUUUUCCAAGGUGCAGCGAGUACGAAACACGGCGAACUCAUUUCCUAUCUGCAUACCCAAACAUUGAACUUGCAAGAGGACUCAGUAUUUGCACGAAGAUUCGUGGAAGCUGCGCAGCGAGGCUACGCCUCCGCAGUGAUCACUUGGGAAAGACGGUUACGUCAAUUCGUCGAUUAUAAGCUCUUGAUGUCGCAGGCCCUGGACCGAGCAUGUGCAAACGGGCAUCCUGCGGUGGUUUCGUAUCUCAUCGAACGCGGAGUUGAUGUCAACGCACGGAAUGAAGUCUGGUCGAGAACAGCAUUACAGGCCUGUCUUCAAGCCACGCCGCAACGUGAUCGGAUCUAUAAAAGCAGGCAAAACGGAAUCGACAAGUUUUACGACGAGAAACGAAACUUUCUUAGCAAAAAACAAGCCGUGGUCGAGUUACUGUUGCGCGAGAACGCAAACGUCAAUGCCAUCGACAGUCGUGGACGAAGUGCUUUACAUUCCGCGGUGGUAUGUUGUCCUGUGGAAACGGUCCGAAUGGUAUUGGAGAGUGGUGCAGCGAUUGAUAUACUCGACAAGGACAACAGAACGCCUCUAUUCUACGCUGGAUACAGAGAACUCGACUCACUCGCUGUUUUCGAGGUUCUGACUGAAGCUGAGGCACAUGUAACCAGCCGAUCAGCGCCCCGCACUUCUCCAACUCUGCUUUUGGACGCUGCGCUUUCAACGUUCAGGGAGGGUUUCAUCGAGUCUGAAUCUGUUCACCAAGUGUUGACUACUGGUCCAGGAGCGGUCAUACGAUACCUUUUGCAGUCACAACCCGACCUACAGGCCACUGCGACUGGAUUUACUCUCCUACUCCAAAUGGCGUCAGCGGACGGCGAUAUGGAGCUCGUACAAUUACUUGUAGAGCGUAAUGUUGAUGUCAAGGCUGUGGCUCACCACUAUGGAACUGCACUGCAUGCUGCCGCUCGAUUCGGUCAUCUGGAAUGCGUCAAACUGCUUGUGGAAGCUGGCACCGAGAUUGCUCUGACCGCAGGCAUAUCCCACUGGACCCCACUACGCGCGGCAGUAGAAGGCCAACACCUAGCGGUCGUGCAGUUUUUUCUAGACUUGGGUGUUCUGCAAUCGUACAACUUCUCCACUGAUCAAGUAUCGGUGGAAUACAGAGGAGCUCCCUCGAUGCUGACUCAUGCCUGCUGUAACGGUAAUAUCGAUCUAGCAAAGCUCUUGCUCUCCCACUCGGAACAAAACGCUCUGAAGCCCGGCCAGACAGAGACGCGGCAUACUCAGUUUGUGGACAUCUCGAGAGCGUUACACGAAGCUUGUAAGUAUGGCCACGCAAACAUCGCCGCACUAUUAGUCGAGUAUGGGGUAGACGUCGAAGAGAAGUCUGGUCAGUAUUCAUCUCCACUGACAACGGCUGCCACUGCUGGAAAUCUCGAAACAAUGAAAAUCCUACUGGCCGCGGGAGCCACCUUAUACGAUGCUGAGCGAGCCGUCAACAUCUUAAGGACACUUGUCGUAGGAGAGAAACCAAAGGAUCUCAUCGACUUUGUUAUUGCUCGUCUGCUGGGUACAGGCGACUUCAUUCAUGCUUGUAAAGAGGUGCCUGCUUAUACGCGCGCUUGGCAAGAGGACGCCAGAUUUGUUCUCCGUGUCGAUACCAUGCAGAUCUCUGAGGGACUGCUUGCAGACCUUGCAGCUCUAGGUGCUCAACAAAGUAUUGAGCUUUUGCUGGAAAGCUCGACCGAUGCAGCUGAUGUGAAGCCUGCGGUGCUUCAGGCAGCAGCCUACUUCCAGAGCUUCAACGUUCUUUUCAGGCUCUUGCCGAUGGUAGUCAUCCCGCAACCCUUCCCAUCAGAAUAUCAGUCUCCAGUCUACGCCCUGCUUGAAGGCCUCAUGCCUAUAAAAUCGAAGACGGAGAGGUUCCCCAGGAGCCUGUGCUGCGAGGCUUGGGCCACAGAUUCUUUCCGACACGCGUGGACGUAUCCAGGGCAGCCAGACAAGGAAUGUGCAUGCAACAAUGCUCGAAUUGCUGCCAGUGAGGCUAUAAUGAAGCUUGCGCAGAUUGACGACAGCCAUGUCUGCGCAUCAGCUGGCACCCUACACCUAGCUUCUUACCUGGGAAUGCUACAAGUUGUUCAAGUCUGUCUUGAGCUCGGUGUUGACAUCAACCAGCAUCAUGACUCAUUCGGGUCUGCGUUGAUCGCUGGAAUCGAAGGUGGUAGUUUGGAGGUAGUUACGUUACUGCUACAGCGUCACAUCGACGUGAACACGGCAGCUAGUGACCUUGGAACCCCCCUCUACCCUACAUACAAGACGCAACACAAGAGGCUACAGGCUUUCGCAAAUCAUGUAACUCCCAGCCCUGGGACCGCGCUACAUAAGGCCUGUCAAAACGGGAAUCUCGAAAUGACUGAAUGUCUUCUCCAACAUGGCGCUGAAGUUAAUGUGUCGAUACCUGGCAAGGGGACACCUGUGGACAUUGCAUGCGAAGGAAGAGACGAACAAUUGCUCAAAUUACUCCUGAAGUACGGUGCCGACAUUGACGUCGUUUCACCUGAUCUGGGAUCAGCCUUGCAUGUAGCAUGUAAAUCCCAUGACUCCGGCUUAGUCAGGAUACUCCUUCAACACGGCGCCAAUGUCAACAUGUUCUCAUCAAACCAUGGAACACCGCUUCAUGUCGCUUGCACCGGCAACGGAGACGGUGCAAUAAUACAGCUACUACUGGAUCACGGUGCUGAUCUCAACUCACAGGGAAGCAAGGGAGAAACUCCACUCACUUCAAUCUUAUCGCAAGAGGACAACUACUUUUCUUCUGAGCGAUUGAUAGACUCUCUUCUCAAGACUGAGCAGAAGUUGAACGUCACCGAGAACGAUUUGAACCGGUUAGUGUCCUCGAUAUCUGUCAUCCAAGCCUGCAAGCGGGCACUAGCAGACAAUACGCAUCUACAGCCUACAACCGAGACUAUUCGAUUGUUACUUGCUGGCAUUGGCUAUCACGAUUCAGACACACUCCGACUGCUUCUCGCAAGGGCGCCACAUCUCGAGAUCACACUGGAUAUGGUUAAGAAGGCUGGCAAUCUCAAAAACUUUGAGCUUUUGACACAGCACGGGCCUUGUACCAAGAUCACGGCAAACGUGAUGGAAAGCUUUCUGGAUCCGCUGGAUUUGGAUCUAAUAAAGUACUCCGUACAGUCUGCGUCAGGAGUACGACCACCGCCCGCCGUCGUCAAAGCUGUCAUAGCCAUCCUGGAACGACGGGAGCCUAAGUCUGACGGAACUCACGAAGGCGAUUUGCGGGUGUCCUCCGAGCGACAUUACCAAAGUGUUCAGAAACCGGACGCGAAAGAGAUCAUGGACCUUAUCCUGACUCGAUACCCUGAUGUCGAAGUACCAACUAGUACAACCGAUCCAAACGACUCACCCAAGAGCGAUUUCACAGCAUGA